CUUCAGUCGAGAGCGAACCGUAGAACGACAUGCAUAACACAUGAGAGUGUUUCGCGCUGUUGUGCUGUGCAGUGAUCGUGCUAGUUUUUCUGACUGGUUACUGUAGUAUAAUAUAGUGAGGAGUGAGUGGACAUCGUCGUCCUAGUCCUAGUCCCGGUGUGAAUAGUGCAGGGUAGAAGAGGGGUGGAGUUGGUGGCGAAUGGCCGCGAGCACCUACAUGCCCGCUAGUAGUGCGGUCUCGGCCGAUCUCGACCCGUCCGCAGUCGGAGUCAUGAACAUAGUGAACGCCAGCGGAGGCGGCGGAGGCGGCUACCACACCAGUCCCUCACCGCAGCGCGCCGAAGGCGAAAUGAAGUACAUACCACCCAACGGACACCAGCACCACCACCAUCACCACCAUGGUCACCACGGCCAGCAUCCGCACCAGUCACCGUCACCCAACUCGCAUCCGCACCACCCGGCCGCAGCUGCCGCUGUCAGCCUCUCACACAACCCUUGGGUGAGUUUGCAGCCCGGAGCAGCAGCCGCCGAUCCAUGGGCAGCAUCCAUGGGCAUCCACAGCCACCACAGCCACCACCACACCCACCCGCAUCAGUCCACCACCGUCGACAUCAAGCCACCUGACAUGCACCGGCAACACCAGACACCACCCGGCGCCGCCAUGGCAUCCUGGCAUGCUCCUGUCGUCUCCUCUGCCCACUACAUCCCCACGGGGUCCAACAAUGGAGCUCCGUCACCCCUCAACCACUACCACGCCGCCAUGAACGGCAUGUUGGCCCACCAUCACCAGCCUAACCCGCAGCUCCACCACACGCUGCGUGACAUGCAGAACCACAGUCCAUCCUCCUACAACCACCAACACCCGGGCGACGCACCGUCAGGUGGCGAGGAGGACGCACCCACCUCUGACGACCUCGAAGCCUUCGCUAAGCAAUUCAAGCAACGCCGCAUCAAGCUCGGUUUCACACAAGCUGAUGUCGGCCUAGCUCUGGGCACACUCUAUGGCAAUGUCUUCUCACAAACAACAAUCUGCAGGUUCGAAGCCCUGCAACUCAGCUUCAAAAACAUGUGCAAGUUGAAGCCUUUACUACAGAAAUGGUUGGAGGAAGCGGAUUCCACAACAGGGUCGCCGACAAGCAUCGACAAGAUAGCGGCACAGGGCCGCAAGCGGAAGAAGCGCACCAGCAUCGAGGUGUCGGUGAAGGGUGCGCUCGAGCAGCACUUCCACAAACAACCCAAGCCCUCCGCACAGGAGAUAUCCAACCUGGCCGACAGCUUACAGCUGGAGAAGGAGGUUGUGAGGGUGUGGUUCUGCAACAGGCGACAGAAGGAGAAGAGGAUGACGCCACCGAAUACGCUGGGUGGCCCUCAGGACGGCAUGAUGGACGGCAGCCAGAUGGGAGGCCCCCAUGGCAUGCACCAGGGCUACCAUCACCAGGACAUGCACGGCUCCCCCAUGGGCCCACACUCUCACUCGCAUAGUCCACCCAUGCUGUCUCCCCAGACCAUGCCCACACAUCAGUCGUUAGCUGCACACUAACGUUUAGCCCAGUGGGAGAUUGAAUACUCGAGACACUUCUCCAAGAUGCAGAGGGAGUACGUCUAGGACUUAUGCCACAACAUCAGCUGCUGAUCAUCGCUCGUCCGUCACCAAAACAAACGCCGAGUCAACUAAACAAUCAGGUGACGAUGAACCAGUGAUGUGUAUCAGAUCCCAUUGCUGUCUAGAGAUAGUAAUAAUCGAGAAGGACAAUUUUCAAUUUCCUACUGUGCUAGAGACUGAUGUGAACCCGGUGCGCGGGUCACACCCCAAAGACAUUUACUAGGUUAGGACAACUUCUCUGAGCGGCUGCUACUGAGAUAGUGGUGUUGUGAUUCCCGUAUAGUUUAUAAGUUUCUCACACAAAAAUGAACUCAAAUAAAUCUCUACUGUGUGUUACCCUCAUGAACAACAGAACACCGGUAACACACUGUAACCACGUUGAUUUCGAAAUAGUGUACAAGUCAAACAGAAUAAUUUGAAAGAACUAAUUCCUACGCUUUCGAAACAACUCAGAGGACCCCUGUUCAACUUUCAUCACAUUCCAAAUAAUUUUGAAUGUUAAUAUAUUAUUUUCAUCUACGAAUCGUCGUGUAUAAGCUGUGAAUAUGUUUGUAAUUAUGUAAAUACUGUAUGUAGAGAAACCGGCACUUGUAGGAACGAUGAUAAAUGAUAGAAGAAACUUUUAUUUAUGAGUGGAUUUUGGAGCAACGUGAUUGUUUCAAGAACGAAACAAUGAUUGACUUUCAACAAUGAUUGACUUAGUGGUUAUCGCCGAGCCAAGGAUUGGAAACCCUCAAUGAUUGAGUAACCGUACUGUCUUCAGUGAACGACCAACAGUCCAUCAGAGAGAGAGAGUAUGCUGAAUGAAUCCCACCGCCCGUCUCGUAUCGUGAGUGUUUAGUGUUUACAUUCUUGCUGAGUUUCUACAAAAGUGCUCCAAGACCUUCGAUUUGAAUCCAUGUGGAAUCAUCAGCUUAUUUGCAAAGGUAGGACCAUCACAACUACCUCUAGCUUUCAUUUACUUCCCAAAUGUGAACAUGAACUCAUAGAUUUGGAAUUCUAGUACUAUCAGACUCAAUGUUGUUUUAUUUUGUGGAAAUAAUUUUGUUACUACCCAAAACAUGUAGCAGCAUAAUUCCCUUUACAAAAGCAAUGCUUCAGUACAAAUUUGAAUUUGAAUAACAAGAUAAAUUAUUUUAAAUAAAUGCAUAUUAAAUUAUUCAUCACUUGGAAAACGAAUUCAAAUUAAUUCAAUUAUGCAUAAAAGUUUAUUAUGCUAGGUAACCCUAAUCCAGUACACUGAACCAAUUACAAUUUAGCCUAUCAUCACUCUAAUUGAUUAUAGAGAUUGAUAAAAACAUAAGGCUUGCUAGAUUUUCUUUCCAAUUUAAAACAUCAUCUUGAAGUAAAUUGCCUCAUAGGGAUUGAACAGAAUAGAUGCAUUUUCAAAAUUUGUUACAAAAUAAAAUAACUUCAUAUCCUAAAACACAAUAUCAUUCCAGAUUGUUAUAUAGGAACUGAGUUCCUGAGAUCUCUAUAAAACUCAAAUGCUUUCUUGCGUUCAUGAAAACUCAAACUUUGAAAAUUUCAAAGGGAACAUUCAACAACAUUGUUUCCAAUAUCAUAUCAUAAAAUUGGAUAAUACUAAUAUUUCGGAUAGGGUCUAUAGAAUUAACAAUUAAUAGCUCUUAAUGUUUUUAUCAGUUGAAAUAUUUUGGAAGACGGUUAAAGAAUGUCUCAUGAACAAAUUACUUGAAUCAAAAUAAACAAGAUUUUUCAUUCCUGUUAGACUUGAAUACAAGAAUUGAAAAGAGUUACAUACAGGUUGGUGAUUCUGUUCUCUAUGAUUAUUUUCAACUAGAAGUAAAGUCUUAGUAAUCCGUUAUUUUUUGGGUAAAAAUAUCAAUCAAAAUAUUAUUAUUUCAGUUUACAAAAUAAUUUAAAAUUCUGUUGAGCAAUCUUGUUGAAUGUUUUCAUGGAGUUGACAUGCUUCUGAAGGUUUAUGCUUAUAAAUUGAAUACAUUUUGAAGCUCCCAUAAAAAACUCUUUCAGCCUAAAUCAGCACUAUAAAUCUAAUCUGAUAUCUUAAUAUCAAUUUGAAGCAUCAGCAAUACGUAUGUCAGAAAAACUUCAUGGAAAGCAUAAAUGUGGAGAGUAAAAGAAGAAAGAGAAUACAAAUGCUUGAAUUUUCUCCCUGGUUAAAGUAACAACUAAGAGCGGAAAUCCAGGGUUCAACUACUAGAAUAUAAUAAUACAGUAAUAUCAACAGUAACGAGUAUCGAUUCAUAUAAGAACGAUCCUAGGCUGCAUAACUAGUAAAACUGAAUUUUAGGUUAUCUAUGACAAAAUUGUAUACCAUAUUCAGAAAAAUCAAUUCCAAUUAAACUAUCUGCUCUUCCUUCAACUGUCCACUUCCCUGAUUUUAUUAAAAAAAUAAUUCCUAUAUUAAUUAAGUUGAACAAAAAUGAAUAAUCGCUACCCAUUAUCCUUAAUAUUGAUAAGAAACGCCUGAAAUUGAUGCCGGUUAUUUUCAAUUCUCUAUCUUAUAUCAGUCAUUCUAACUUUGUUGAUUGUUUAUUAUUAUUCCAUUUUAAAGAGUAAAAUCGUAUAUACAAAUAUUGACAAUUGGAGAGAGAUGAAAUUUAACAUAAGACAGGUCGAAACAUCAUUGCUGAUGCUUCUUGAUGAUGUAAAAAAAUUGAAGAUACAAGUAAUUCAAAAUUUGAUCUCUAGAUCACUAUAUUAUUAUAUUCCCCACUAUAGAUCACUUAUUAUUCCCCACUAUAUUCUAUCUCUAUAGAUCACUAUAUUCCCCAUAGAAAUCCCAAUAUUUCUGAAUUUGAAAUGAAUCAGAUCUGAACAAAAAUACUUUGAGAGCUUGAGAAUUAAUUGAUAAUUCAACAAUCAAAUAUUUCCAAUGUGGAAAUUCUUUUCAAUUCUAAAUUUUCUGUUGCACACAAAACUUACAAUCCUCAUUUUUCUCCAUUUCCAUGUUAAAAAUUCUCUCUGAAUCAGUUAAAAAAUUUGUUGAAUUGACAAGUUAACAUCAAUACUUUGGUUGAAAUUGCAUGUCCCAAAUACAUGUUAUUCAUUCUUAAAUUAUAUUUCGUAAUUUUAUAUGGACAAACUUUUGAAAACAAGUGAUGAAGAGUGAUUAAUACAAUAUCAGUGACAUUCAAAGACACGUAAAUUCCACUAUGAAGCAUUAUCGAGCAUGUGAAUAAUAUGAACGAUGAUUUUUAGAAGUUACUCAGACAAGAAAAGAUUAUAACAUUGUAAAGUUGUAUUGAUUUUUUUUAAUGUUAAAGUCAAAUGAGGGUUCAAACUGUGUAAAUUUCAAUGUAUAAAAGACGGCGAAACCAAUUUUAGAUUUUGAAAAUUUAUUAUCAUUAUUAUGAAAGAAUAAAUUUUGUGUUUUUUGUCAUAGAA